AUGAAAGAUAUUACCUUGGAACAGUUGCUGUCAGAUACUGAAAAGACAGCUUGGCUUACAUUGGAAGAUGUUUCGGAGAUCCAAGAUUGGCAACAGAACUACUUGCACUGGAAGAUGAUGCUGAAACAAAUAUCUUUGUUAAGUAAUGAGUGUCAAGUAAUGAGAAAGAAAUUAUUGAAAGCCUUAAUGUACAACACUUUUGACAAUAAUUUUGUAAUAAUUUAUGAAAAAAAA